AUGAUAAAAGGAAUCAUUGUAGCAUAAGUUACCGAAGCUCUUAUUGAGGAUGGAAUAAAACUAAUGAGAUAAAUAAUAGGAUCGUACUUUGAUGCUACUUGUUAUUCUAUUUCCUAACCUGCAGAAGGAAGUGUUUGGAUCAUGUAUUUAGAUGGAAAUCAUUAUUUACAAAAUGGUCAAGUUCUAAGUAUGUUCUAUCACCCGACUAAAAGACACACAGCAACAACAGUUGGCAAAUUAGGCUAAAAAUAGAGUGUGGCUGGACCAGGAUAAUGGGCAUAUUCAAAUUAGACUAAAGGGGCUUAUGGAAAUAAGGCAUAUUACAAUAUCUUAUGA